AUGGCGCGAAAUGAAGAAAAGGCGAUGGCGGCCCUGAACCGGUGGACAGCCCAGAAGCGGGAUAUAGAGAUGCAGAAGAACAUGGGCAAGGCAACAUACAUGGGCGGAGCCCUGCCCGACACCGCUGCUUACGGGCCUUACAAGCGCGACAAGAGGCCGAAGAUUGCUUCAGAGGUGAAGACCGUCAAGGAGUGUGAGCACUGGCGACAGGACAUCCUCCGCGGCGUGGCGAAGAAGAUCGCCGAGAUCCAGAACGCAGCAUUGGGGGAGCACCGCAUCCGCGAUCUGAAUGACGAGAUCAACAAGGACUUGCGCGAGAAGGGCUACUGGGAGGACCAGAUUAAAGCACUUGGAGGUGCCGACUACAAGUCUCAGCCGAAGCGGGACGUUGAGACUUACGGCGCGGAGUUAGCUUCACACAGCGGCUACAAGUACUUCGGUGCUGCGAAAGACCUUCCUGGAGUGAGGGAGCUCUUUGAAACCGAGAUCAUCCCAGAUGCCCCGCGCAAAACAAGGAAGCAGCUGUUUCUCCAUAUCCAACCGGAUUACUAUGGUUGGCGGGAUGAAGAGGAUGGCAUGCUGCUCUUGGAGGAAAAAAUUGCAGAAGAAGAGGCUGUCAAGAAGCUUCAGGCCGAAUGGAAGGUUGAGCAGGCAGAGCAGGCUGCCAAGGCCUCGAAGAAGCGGAAGGCUCCAAAAGAGGAAGCACAGAAAGAGGAGGAGAAGCAGGAUCAGCCGAAAGAGCCAGAAGUGGAGAAGCCAAAGGACCAGGAUUUCGCAGAUUUCAAGGCCUAUGUAGACAUUCCAACGAUGGAAGACAUCGAGCGGCUCAUCGUGAAGAAGAAGAAAGAGACGCUGCUGAAAAAGUAUGCCCCCAGCGAGGCUCAGUCGAACGAUUGA